CCGAGGGUGGGCCCGGCCGUUGGUGCGGGCUUUGGGCCCGGGGCCUUCCGUCCUGAAGCGGGAGCCGGGGGCGGGGCCGGGGCGCCGUUGUCGGCGGGAGGAAGAGGGAGGAGACGGGAAGCCUGACAGCAGACGCCUCCGCCAGGCGCCUGCCGCCUCCUCCCCUGAGACUGCCGCCAACUCUGCUGUCGAGUUCCCGGGCCCACGGCCGGCAGCUGGGUCUCGGCCCUGCCCAGCUAGCGGGGCAGGGGUUGUGGGGCGCCAGCGUGCUGAGCUUGACGCGGGAGGAGGGAGUCUAGACGCCGGGAACGUCCCGCGCCCCGCCUUUCCCUCCCCCUCCCGAACCCUGGGGCCUGGGGCGCGCGAGGAGGUGCAAAGCGGGGCGGACAACUGAGAAAGGACUGGGUUGAGGAGUGUGGAGUAAAGGCAUGACUUCCCGGCACCGCAGGGAAAAUAGGGUGCAAGCCCAGAAACUAUUUCCCCAUCACCACUUGUUGAAAAACUGAUUUGAAGGCAUCUCCGGGUUUGAACAAACGAAAGUGCCAGGAUUUCAAGCGUCUUUGGUUUUGCGCUGGAGACCCUUCACUACUAAGUAUCAAGACGAAAAAAACUGGAAAGUGAUCGGAACCUUAUUCAGAGUCAGAAUGGAAAGAUUUGUAGUGACAGCACCACCUGCCCGAAACCGUUCUAAGACUGCUUUGUAUGUGACUCCCCUGGAUCGAGUCACUGAGUUUGGAGGUGAGCUGCACGAAGAUGGAGGAAAACUCUUCUGCACUUCUUGCAAUGUGGUUCUGAAUCAUGUUCGCAAGUCUGCCAUUAGUGACCACCUUAAGUCGAAGACUCAUACCAAGAGGAAGGCAGAAUUUGAAGAGCAGAAUGUGAGAAAGAAGCAGAGGCCCCUAACUGCAUCCCUUCAGUGCAACAGUACUGCGCAAACAGAGAAAGUCAGUGUUAUCCAGGACUUUGUGAAAAUGUGCCUGGAAGCCAACAUCCCACUUGAGAAGGCUGAUCAUCCAGCAGUCCGUGCUUUCCUGUCUCGCCAUGUGAAGAAUGGAGGCUCCAUACCUAAGUCAGACCAGCUGAGGAGAGCUUAUCUUCCUGAUGGAUAUGAAAAUGAGAAUCAACUCCUCAACUCACAAGAUUGUUGACAAGGAGGUUACCACCAUUGUGAUCAAGAUAAAUGUGGAGUAUUAAAGUUAUGUGUUGAUUGUGUGGUUCAUUUUUAUAUUUAUUUCAUUUAAAAUCAUGUGAUGCAGAAUAGUUUUGCAAUGUGUAUAUAGUUGCAGGCAAAACAAACAAACAAACAAACAAAAAAACCUCACUGCAAAACUUGUUAAUUUUAGUCACCAAUGGUGUAAAGCAAAACUUAGGGUUUAGAGUAUGCUAGGAUACCUGAAACCUGAUGGUUAUCUUUAAAAUUGAUGGUUUUUCUCCUGAAAUGUUUGUGCAUGGAAGAACUGCCCUGCUUUUUUACCCUGUUGCCAUAUAUGAUUAUUCCUUGUGAGAUUACUUAAUUACUUGGAUUGAACACUAGCCUAGGAAAUUGAAGCUGCUGCCAGGCAACACCACUCACAGUAACUUAAAGGAAUUAUUUCUGAUUAGAGGAUCCUCUUCAAAAAGGAAGGGAUGGUGGGAAAUUGUUCUUAUAUCUUCAGAUCCCUCAAAGAAAUGACUGUCUUUAUUUCAAACUAUGCGUGUAUAUGAUGUAGUUACCUUAUCUAUCAUUCAGUUCCUCACUUUUUUCACCCUUUUUAAAAAGGCUUAAUGUAUUUAGUAGCAGCUUCAAGUGACCAAAAGACUAAAAUCUUUCAGUGUCAGUGCCAAAAGCCAUGGGGAAUUUUGCAGUGACAUGAUUUUAGUCUCUUACUAUAAACAAAUUUUUGAACCAUAACUUUCAUUUCCAGCAUCCCCUUGAAUUUGCAAGCUUUUUUUUUUUUUUUUUAAUGUCUUGAUGUUAAAAGAUUUCAAGAUUGGCAUUUUAAUUUAAACACGUUUUAUGAUUGAGUUUCCUGUUUUUACAGAAAACUAGUAAUUAGUUUUUGGCUGACAGAUCAGAUAAUAAGGAAAUUAUAUACAUUAAUUUUUCCAUAUGAUUUGUAAGACUUUAGGUAAAUAGACUAGAAACAAGUUUACUUAUUUUCACUUUUAUGUGCUUUGCCUCUGGUGGUACAAGGUUUUUAAACAUGGAUGGUAAACAAUUGUCUAGAAAGACUGGCAAGAUUUUUGUAGUGGAGAUGUGGCAGUAUCCUGCAUAACUGUUUGGGUGAGGAAAUAAUCAGUUCUGUUAAAGGUCAACCAUGUUCAGGAAAUGAUCUCUAUGUGAACCUCACUAUCCUGUAAUGUCAUCGAAGUAGCUUAGCCCAGUUAUGUCCUCUCCAUUGGAGACCCAAAUUAUAUUUUUUAAAAACUGAACAGCUGAAGACUUGGACUAGAGCUUUAAAAAAGAAUCUUAAAUUCCUUGAAAACAUUCAAGUUUAAAAUACUUAUAAAAUAUAUUUCUAUUACAAAGCACUGACAUGAAUGCCCUAUGUGACUUGGAAUUUUCUUUGAGGUCAUUUUACCACAAAUCUUCAUUAAAAAAAAAAAAAAAGCCAAAGUGAAUAAGAAAAGGUUCUAUUUUUCAGAAACAGCUUCCCAUGUCUAAGUUUCUUUCAUAGACUUAAGUUCCUAGUUCAGGUUGUUAAAAUGCCCAUCUGAUUUUUAGAUUUUAAGUGGGUUUUUGUUUUGUUUUCAUUUUAAAAUAAGCCUGCCACCAAAAAAAAAAAAUUUCUUGUUAAAAUUUGAACUAUGAGUUUUUCUCAUGUUUAGUUAUGUAAACUAGUACAAUAAAUGCCUGGAGUAGUGCUGUCAUUGCUAAAGCACAUACAUGAGAACAGCAGCAAAACCAAAAUGUACUUUGCUUUUACUUCCCCUAGUAAAGAAUCUGCAGGCAACCAUGUUUAAUUUGAAUUAUCUAAGAUGGUAGAAGAUCUAAGAAGCUAGGAAAAUAAUUGAGUUUUAUAGCAUUUUCAGAAUACAAAAAUAAGGUUAGAUAUACAAUCAUUCUAAUUUUUCAAAAUUCCAUGUGAUUCAGACUGCUCCCUAUUUCAAUAUUAAUUUGCACUAACAGCAAACAUGUAGUGGCAGAACAGCUUUGAGUAGCCCUAAGCAGUAAACUGGAUGAUGUUGCACAAGAAAAGUCAAUAAUUGACAUUUGUGUUUCUAGUACUUAUUACUGAUUUGAUGAUCAUUUAGGUCCCAUAUGUCUUAAUGUAUUUCUCCAGGCUCCUAACUAUUCCCACAUACACUUUAUCUAGGGGCAUAAUCCAUCCUCCUGUUAGGAUUAUAUCAUGUCCUUAGAAGCAUUUUCCAUCCUGUGUGGAGGUUUAAUAUGUUUGUUUACUGAUUAUGAAACUUUUUGUUCCCUGAAACUGGUUAACUUUGUCUCAUAGUCAAUUGAUAAGGCAGAAUGAUUGUUUUAGCCUGCUCAAACUGGUACAAAUCCGUGAAACCAUGGUUGGCAUAUGUUGGAUAACAAAUGAAAAUGUCUAAGGCGUAUGCUGCUGUGGAGGUGUAGUGGACGUGUGUACAGAAGCUUUCGAUCUUAACUAUAUAGUGUUAGUGUGAUGCUAUACUAUUGGAAAAAUAGCAGUUUUUUCUAUUUUAUAAGUUGUAUGCAUAAACAUAAGAUUUGUAAUGUUUCAUUUAUAAACUGCCUUCUUCAACACAUGCUUACCUGUUAAUAGUGUUUUCUUGAAGUAUGGUGGUAUGUCUUCCAGAACUUCACUAUAUGCUUACAGUAAAUAGUUACUAGCUUGUUGAAAUGUUAAAUUCCUUGUUUUGUUUUGUUUUGUUUUAUUCUGUGGGGCAUAUAGCAAACCUGAAGGACAUUGUAAUCAUUUCUUACAGGGUGAAAAUUUAGAAAGAUUGUGUAUGAGAGCCUAAAUAGUUAUUUUACUCAUUAUCAUCGUUUUUUUUUUUAAACAAAUGCUACUUCCAGUUAAUGCAUUUGGCCCUACUGAAUUUUGGGGGACCAGAAAACUUUGAAGAAAAAGCUCUGCAUCUUACAAUUGUAACCAAUUAAGUAUCCGCUUGGGAUUGUUCUGAAGUAUUCAUUGCUUAAAAACUAUUGUAAGUAACAGUUGGCAAGAUCUCCAAGCAGAAAGUUCCAUGUUAAAACUUUUGCCUGAAAGAAUUUGUAUGUGAAUGUUAAUGGAAAACACAUUUAAACAAAAUAAAAUUUAAAGUGGCCCAAAACGAAAGCCACAAACAUUU